GUGCUGCUGCUGCUCCUCGGUGAUGGGCAGGGGCACUGGCCGCCGGAAUACGUUGAGCAAGUAGCGCUUUUGCUGCCCAUAUGCAGCUGCAGAAGUGGGGCUCGGCUCACGGUUGAAGAUAGGAGAAGAAAUUGGUCCGGAAGCCGAAGAACGGGGGGAGGAGGAAAUCUCGCGUUUGUAGCUUGUCUGCGUUCCACCACAUGUAGUGCACUGACGAAAGAGGACAGCAAUGAAUGCAUCUGUGUCUCAUGCGCCGCUGUACUUACUUCGCCUGACCUCCUUGCCCCAUCGGUGAAGGUUGCCAAAGUCCGCCUCCUGAUUCGUUAGCCACCUACAAAAGGGAAACGUAGGCCCGUUUCAAGUGUCUUCUCUUCGGGGGGAUUCGUUACUCUGGUGGAGGCUUCAUGCUUGCGGCUGGAGCAGGCACUGGAGGAGCAGUUGUGGGCCGAUGGGUGCCCCAUCUGCGUCGCGCCCAACCGCAAACGAAUGAGUAGCCAGCCAUCCAUCCUUUCCCUUACUGGUCGAGAGGCCGGUGGCCUUCAGAGACCCUAGGGGGGACGGCCGUAGUGUGACCCCCACUGUCAGCAGCAUUCGUUGCCUGCAGACAGACACAGAUACCGGGUAGUGUGUCUCCUUCAGGCGAAUGACCUACAUUGUUUUCGGGAGACGGCUGCCUCUCAGCUGAGGGCGCUUGUGUUGGCGGAGGAGGGGGUGUCAUCGACAAUACCCCAGGCAGGCGGCGCUUGCUUGUCUGAAAGGUGCACACGUAUUCGACUCAUGUCUCUGUAACUCAAGCCAAAGUACCUCGUUACUGUUGGUCAGGGCUCCCUCUUCGCAGAAGAGCUUGAAGUCCUUUAUUUCUUCGUUGCCCGUCAGUGCCACAUCCACAUUGUACGAAAACUCGGCGCUGCGAGACACAGGCAACGUAUAUUUGGCAACGACCCGACGAACGGAUGGACGGCUCUCGUUUUUCUUACCAGAUGGGCUCUGCUGACAGCUCUCCCUGAAGGCGUCCGACAUCUAUCGCACCUCCUCUCACUCAUCGUUCCUCGCCGCUUACAAUGCCAUAUGUUUUGAGGACGUCCUGCAUCACAGGUCUGCAGCUGUACCUCAACCCGUCCCUCAGCUGCUCAGCCUGCGUCUUGCCCUCCUCCCUCGGAUAGCUGGCGUCGAACAGACUCUGCUGGCACGCUGCAUGGACGUCUCGGUCAGAGAGGUAUUCCAACAGAGGCGUCCCGCUCUUUUGCGACUCCUCUUCCACCUGCGUACGUGUAGACACACAGAUGGCGGAGCCGCACAUGACCAAAUCUACUCCUGACCAGCAGGCCGCAGAAUUUCGUCCCGUUGUUGUUGCCCAUCAGCCCCAGCUGGAGGGCUUCCAUGACCCGGCCAUCCAGCUCCUCACAUGUGUCCAAAAGCUCACUGGCCAUGCCCGCCGUCGAUAAUUGCAGCCGCUCGGCCGCUGCCUUGAGCUCAUUCAAACAAAUCGGCUGAGAAAUCAUGUGAGUGUAAGGAAAGAGGCGCAUUGCAAUGGGUGAUAUCUGCAUCUCGCGUGUGUGCGCAGAUCACCUUGAGGGUGCCCUCUCCAAUCCGCUCUCCUGGGUUCGUCUUGGCCGCGGCGCGGUCCAUGAUGUCGUGGCAUACUGGGCCACACACACACACACACAGGUGCUGCAUGUGAAGGUGCUUUCUGUGUUGCAUGGAUCUGUGGUCUCACCUUGGUAGUAUGAAUGCUUUGGGACGAACUCAAAUAUCGCUUCUCCAUGCUGAGGCUGCGCAAAGGCGACGAAACUAAGCAAAAGAGCCCAGAUCUGCAUCACAACCGCACACCUACAUCACAGAAAGCCGCCCUUGCCAGAUCUUCG